CCCCGGCCCGGUCCCGGUGCCGCUCCGCGUCCCCGUUCCCGUCCCCGCGCAGCCCCCGCCGCAGCCAUGUCCAAGCAGCCGCGAGCCGGCGGGGAGGAGAUCCUGGAGUGCCAGGUGAUGUGGGAGCCUGACGGCAAGAAGAACACGCAGAUGGACCGCUUCCGGGCGGCCGUGGGCGCUGCCUGCGGCCUGGCGCUGGAAAAUUAUGAUGACUUAUACCACUGGUCGGUUGAAUCCUAUUCAGACUUUUGGGCCAAGUUCUGGAAAUUCAGUGGAAUCAUCUCCUCCCGCAUGUAUGAUGAGGUUGUGGACACCUCAAAAGGGAUCGCGGACGUCCCUGAGUGGUUCAGAGGCAGCCGGCUAAACUAUGCGGAAAACCUCCUGCGCCACGAGGAGAACGACAAAGUCGCCCUCUAUGCUGCGAGGGAAGGCAAAGAGGAAAUUGUGAAGGUGACUUUUGAAGAGUUGCGGCAGCAGGUGGCUUUGUUUGCAGCAGCAAUGAGGAAAAUGGGUGUGAAACAAGGAGACCGGGUCGUUGGUUAUUUACCCAAUGGUGUGCAUGCCGUGGAGGCCAUGCUGGCUGCUGCGAGCAUCGGUGCCAUCUGGAGCUCCACGUCCCCAGACUUCGGUGUGAACGGUGUUCUGGACCGCUUCUCUCAGAUCCAGCCCAAGCUCAUCUUCUCCGUGGAGGCGGUCAGGUACAACGGCAAGGAGUUCAGCCACACGGAGAAGCUGCAGCAGGUGGUCAGAGGACUCCCAGACUUGGAAAGGGUGGUGCUGAUUCCAUACCUCGCCUCAAGAGAGAAGAUAGACAUUUCCAAGAUUCCAAAUAGUGUGUUUCUGGACGAUUUUCUUGCCACCGGGAGGGGCGAGCAGGCCCCGCAGCUGGAGUUCGAGCAGCUGCCCUUCAGCCACCCACUCUUCAUCAUGUUUUCGUCGGGCACGACCGGAGCGCCCAAGUGCAUGGUGCAUUCCGCGGGGGGCACCCUCAUCCAGCACCUGAAGGAACACGUUCUCCACGGCAACAUGGACAGCAGCGACACCCUCCUGUAUUACACCACGGUCGGCUGGAUGAUGUGGAACUGGAUGGUGUCCGCUCUGGCCACGGGAGCGGCCCUGGUCUUGUACGACGGCUCCCCCUUGGUGCCCACGCCCAACGUGCUCUGGGACCUGGUUGACCGGCUGGGCAUCACCAUCCUUGGAACGGGUGCCAAGUGGCUGGCUGUGCUCGAAGAGAAAGACCUGAAGCCAAUGGAAACCCACAGUCUCCAGACGCUUCAUACGGUCCUGUCCACUGGCUCCCCGCUGAAAGCCCAAAGCUAUGACUAUGUCUACAGGUGCAUUAAGAGCAGCAUCCUUCUGGGUUCCAUCUCAGGUGGCACCGACAUCAUCUCCUGCUUCAUGGGCCAGAACUUCUCUGUUCCUGUGUACCGAGGGGAGAUUCAGGCCCGGAACCUGGGCAUGGCCGUGGAAGCCUGGAACGAGGAAGGAAAGGCAGUGUGGGGAGAGAGCGGGGAGCUGGUGUGCACCAAGCCGAUCCCCUGCCAGCCCACGCACUUCUGGAACGACGAGAACGGGAGCAAGUACAGGAAGGCCUAUUUCUCCAGGUUCCCAGGUGUCUGGGCGCACGGUGACUACUGCAGAAUCAACCCCAAGACCGGGGGCAUCGUCAUGCUGGGCCGCAGUGACGGCACGCUCAACCCCAACGGAGUGCGAUUCGGCAGUUCGGAAAUCUAUAACAUUGUGGAGGCCUUCGAGGAGGUGAUGGACAGCCUCUGUGUCCCCCAGUACAACAAGGACGGGGAGGAGAGGGUGCUUCUGUUCCUGAAGAUGGCGUCCGGCCACGCCUUCGGGCCUGACCUGGUGAAGAGUAUCCGCAACGCCAUCCGCCGCGGCCUCUCCGCGCGGCACGUGCCCAGCGUCAUCCUGGAGACCAAGGGCAUCCCGUACACCCUCAACGGCAAGAAGGUGGAAGCGGCUGUGAAGCAGGUCAUUGCUGGAAAGGCCGUGGAGCACCGAGGGGCCUUCUCGAACCCCGACACCCUGGAUUUGUACAGGGACAUCCCCGAGCUGCGGGACUUCUGAGUCGGACCGGCUCGCACCACACUCGGCCACACGUGUCUGUGCUGUGACUUCCGUGGCUUCCAGAAAGCGCUUAGACACGUACGGCCCUUGGGAAGGCAAGCGUCUGCGGGCUUGGGGAAGAUCGUCUCUGAUCUGCAGCUGCAUCGGGCGGGGGCCCGAGUCUCCCCGGACCAGAGGCUGAGAGGGAGGAGCGUUUGGUUGUGUGUGUGGCAAGGCUUCGAGGGUGUGUGUGUCUUCCCACGUGUGCCCUGGCACGCGCUGCCGGGCGCCGGGGCUCGCCCGUGUGGGGGCGGUCACGGUCGACGGCCUCGGCCACGGCCACGCUCCGGGCACCGGCUGGCUUUCUGGCGGCGGCACACCCCCGCUGCAGCCUUGCACCUGUUGCUCUCUUUUGCUCUCUUUUGCUCUCUUAACGUGUGAAGCUGUGUGUUCUCCUGGCUCAGGGCCCGUCCGUCUGCUGUCGCCCGUGAACUGCCCCCCGCGGCCGACCACCCCUGCGCGUCUGUGUCUGUGUGCAACACACCGGGUCCCCGCGGUUCCCGGCGGGGCCGUGUGCUCUGACCCGCAGUUGGAAGCUCCCUCUGGAGGACACGGGGGUUUUGUGCUUUAACGGGGUCCCUUUAUCUCGCGGACUUUGAAUGGUUUCAGAACGUUUUAACGUCCGUUGUCUGCCGUGCGGGGGCGUUCGCGGAACUGGCCGUGCGCCCUGCGGGGUGGCGGUGCUCUCGGGGAGUUGGCGGGCCGCCCGGGCGGCCGUCACGGGGUCCUCCCCAGACGGAGCUGCCUGGCCUCGGGGGACACGGCCUCGCCGCGCCCUCCACCCGGAGCCCUGGGAGCCUCAAGUCGCGGCUAUGGUACCCGCACUUGUGAAUCGAGCCCCGGGUGCCGCAGCCGGUGGCUGGUACGCACGUUGGGCUCAGCGUGUUGAUUCCUGUAAUCCUAAUGUUUGUUUCUGUACUUGUGAAAACUGAGCGCAACGAAAACCCUUCUCAAAUCCCUUUUCUUCUGGAUGACAAAAACUCGGGGAAAAAGCGCCAUGAAGAAUUUAUACAAUAAACAAUGCACACACGCGCAUAUACACGUGCGUGCACACAUCUGUUCACGUGCGGUGGGCCGGUACGUUUUCUCUGGAGGGGGUGACUGGAUCCGAGGUCCUGAUGCUGCCUGUGCUGCAGAACCAGCCGGGAGCCCUGCCUUGGGGGAGACGUUUGGCCACGUGGUUGGAGCCUUCCCGGGCCCCUGGUAUUUAGCACCCGUCCGGGGUGACCAGAUGGCCAGCGAGGACUUCUCUGCGUGGAGCCGGCACCCCAGAGGAGGGCGCUGUCCUUACCCUGGACUCCCCCACGGUUCCAGGAAGCCAGGUGUCUGGACAACAGCCCUUGUCAUCGCAGGAGCUGUGGGUCUGGCCGCGUGUCACCGAAUCUGGGCUCAGCCCAGCGGGGCUUCCUUUUCUCCUGUCCCGGGAAGCUGGAGGCAGGUGUGUGCCCGGGGCCGUGCGGUAGCUGCCGGAUGGCCAGCGCGCGUCUGUGCCCUGCCCGCCCUCCGUCUCCGCCUGCCUCCCAGCUCCCAUCGUGUUCCAGGCAGGAAGGAGGAAGUGACGGGAGGGCUGGGUGAGGGGCAGAAACCAACCCCCCACCCCCAGCCUGUCCCCUUUCAAUCGGCCAAACGGUGGGUUUUCUGGAAAACCCACCCCUUGCACAUCUGCUUGUGCCUGAGUGACCAGAGGUGGGCCAUACACCCCUCGCUGCAGGGGAGUCUGGAGGUCUGAGCAUUUUAAACAGGACCUGUUACCUUUUUCCUAUUCGUUUCCUGUUGCUGCUGUAACAAAUUACCACAAAGCCAGCGGCUUAAAACACAAAUGUAUUACAGUUCUGGAGGUCAGAAGCCCGACGCAGGUGUCACUGAGGGAAAGUCGAGGUGCGUGCAGGCUGCGUUCCUUCUGGAGGCUCUAGGAGACACUCCCUUCCUUGCCUUUUCCAGCCGCCAGAGGCGCCCUCGUUCUUGGCCGGUGGCUCAUCCCUCCGUCCCCAGAGCCUGUGGCGGCUCCUGCCUCCGUCUGCCACACAGGAGACCUCUGAGAUACGGUGGCUCCACUCGAAUAAUCCAGGAUAAUCCCCCUAUUGUAACAUCUACUGAUUAGCAAAGCCUAAUUCCAUGUGCAGCCUUAACGCCCCUGACCAUGGAACCUCACGUUUCCACCCGGCACGUCUGGGGCCUCGUCCUGCCUGCCUCACUUUGCCCGCCUGGCCGGGUCCCGCCGCUGAGGAAGACGGCGAGCGGUCCCCGGGCGGUGUGGGCCGUCGGGAGCCCUGGCGGUUGACUGACCCCAGGCUGGGCGCAUCCUCCCUGUGGGACCGGCCUGCCGGCCCCCUCCCUCCCAGGACUCGGGCCUGACCCUUCAGACCGACUGUGCCUGAGGAGUGGUGAGAGCUUACCUGCUGUGCCCUUUGAGUUCCAGCACGACCCCCCAGGCUGGCUGAGCCCACGCGUCCUCAUUAACAAGCCACGCUGGACAGCUUCAUUAAUGAGAGACGGAUGGUCUGAACGACAGCCAUCGAGCGCCCGUGGGGCGCAACCCUCCCCUGAGGUGCCUUGGCCUGGGUGUCGCCCUGCGAGCACCUGCCGGCCAGCUGCCUCUGCCUUUGCCACCCUGCCAGCCAGCGGCCCCUCCCUCCUCCUCCUUGAUCCCCACCGUGCUCGUCCCCACCCCUCCAGAAGCACGGGGUCUGCAGCGUGGCCUGGCUGGGGUGGGGUGGGGGGUUCCCACGGCCUGCGGGCCCCCAAGCAGCUGUCCCUUCUCUGGGUCUGUCUUCCCACCUCCGGGAACCUUCCGUAGGGGGACGGCCCCUUCCCACUCACACCGUGCCCACCCCCGCCUCCUGGCCUGUGCAGACGAUCCUAGAGAUGUUGGAACACCGUGUCGGGGUCACUUGAUCCCUGACCCGUCCCCCUUUUGUGCCGUGCUUCCUCUGCACUGGCCCCAAAAUGACCCCUCUUGCUGCAGGCACCUGCCUGCUGGCCCACCUCCCUGCGUAUGAGCCGUGGGGGACCCCAGAUUUGCUGCCUCGUCUGGAUCCCCGGCCCCUGGCGAGCCCCUGGCAAAUGGCUGAACCCACCAAGGCUUGGGAAAGGUGUCUCCCUGGCCUUCUCACCCGCCAUCACUGUGGACGUGUGUGACCAGGAGAGACCCUCCCCUCCCCUCGGGCUUCGAGGUCCCAGGGCAACGUCUCAUGGGGAAUAAACUCCCUUUGAGGGCCCAGCCGUGUCCCCUAGCCCCGGGCUCCGCCUUCACAGGGACAGUCGCGCACACGUGUGCCGGGGAGAAGUUGUGUCGUUGGGGUGCAGGCUCAUCUGCUCUGAUGAGCGCCCCCAAAUCUGGCCCGGUCGGAAAGA